GCGGGGAGAAGGAAAGAUCCACCUUAAAGGAACUCAGCCCAGCUAUUUCAAGGCCUUCCUUUCCCGGGGUUGAUUGGCCAUCCAGCCAGUCACUCGAGAUCCCAUAUGGGCUGCUAGGAAAAGUUGGCUCCAGACUCCCGGUUGCCCUGGGCGCCCUGCUGCGGGGUGGGGGGGAGAUUCCCGGCGAGGCCUGACGGCAUGAGAGAUGGGCUCCCAGAGCUCCCACCCGUCCGCUAUCCCUGAGCUGGAGGAGAUCAUGCAGGAAACCGGCUUUUCGCAGGCCAGUGUCGUCCGCCUCUAUGACCGGUUUCAGGCCCUGGACAAGGAGCAGAAGGGCUACCUGAGCAAAUACGACCUGCAGGGGAUCGGGGAGCUGGCGGUGAACCCCCUCGGGGACCGGAUCAUCAACGCCUUCUUCAAAGAGGGGGAAGAGCUCACCGAUUUCCGAUUCUUCAUCCGGGUCCUGGCCCGUUUCCGGCCCAUGGAAGAAGGAAAGUCCAAGGAGACCAGUUGCCCAGAGCCCAUGAACAGCCGACAAAGCAAGCUGCAGUUUGCUUUUCAGCUCUACGACCAGGACAGCGACGGGAAGAUCUCCCGGGAUGAGAUGCUGCAGGUAAUGAGCGUGCGUGAACGUGCAAAGGCCUGGGGAGUGUGCAAAGAGCGAGGGGAGGGGGCUUGGGGUGAGCAUGUGCACGAGGCUGGAGAGCGAGUGUGCAAGGUGGCUGUGCGAGGCUGGCACUGCCCCCGCCUCCACCCGAGGGCCCCCAGAGAUGCACCCCUCCUGCAGUGGCAGCCCCAGGGGUGGGUGGGGCAAGGGGCGGGGCCAUCACUGUCUCCUCCCCUCCAGGUGCUGCGGCUGAUGGUCGGCAUCCAGGUGACGGAGGAGCAGCUGGUGUGCAUCGCUGAGCGCACCAUCCAGGAGGCCGAUCAAGACGGUGACGGCGCCAUCUCCUUCGAGGAGUUUGCCAAGUCAGUGGAGAAGCUGAACGUCGAGCAGCAAAUGAGCCUCCGGCUGCUGAAGUGACCCAUCAGGAUUGGAGAGAGCUCCCCCCGACCCCCCCAGCCCCAGCACUGGGAAGAUCCACUCUCAGAGGGGCUGCUGCCAAUCAGAUUUCAGCUCCGCCCUCUCAUCAUCCAAUGGAUCCCACCAGGGAGAGGCUGCAUCCAAUCACACUUCAACUCCGCCUUCCUGCCUCCGCUCCGCAUAGUUCCAGACAGAGAAGAGCUGCACCCAAUCAGAUUUCAUCUCUGCCCCUCACCUCAGGAAGGAUCCAGUCUGACAGGGGCUACGUCCCAUCAGAUUUCACCUCUGCCCCUUGUCUUGGGAUGGAUCCAGUCGAAGAGGGGCUGCAUCCAAUCAGAUUGCAUUGCUGACAAAGAGUGGAUCCUGCUGUGAAGCCGGCCUGUGAUGGCUGUCGCUCCUUCCAAAUAACAAGUGCCUGCACCCAGGGGAAUGGGAUCCAAGCUAACUCCCCUCCCCAGCGCUGCCCUGAUAACUGGGGACUCUGAUGCCCCCCAAUGGUAGGGGAUAGUACCACCUCUGGUCAGUUUACUGCAGAUCAGAGACUUAGAACCUACAAACAGCACCUCCCGUUCUUGUGCUUUAAGUCCUCUUUGCAGUCCCUCUAUUCUGGCCCCUGCCCAGCUCCCAGUGUCAAUUAGAGCAGCCCUGAGGCUGCUCUGACUUGCACAUUACCUCCUAGAGGCCCUGGGGAGCAGAGAAUACCCACAGCACCGUACGCUCCAGCUAUGCCCCCAAUCGACCCCCUGUGCCAGGAGCUGGAAGCAGGGCCCUUAUGCACAGCAGCCGGGGACACUUUCACUGGUCAAGGCGGGGGAAGCUUCUCAGGGCGACGCUGCCGUCCCAGUGGGCUCAGCGUGCCUGAGACUUGGGCCUAGAAUCUCCUGCCAUCAGGGCUGGAUUCGCUCGGCUUCAGCUCUGUCUGUUUAUAAAAAAAUAAAAUAACCAUGAAAAA